AUAUUUUUUUUUAUGUUGAAAUUGUAUUAAAGUAUUCAAUUAGUGACUCAGACUCUGAACGUGACGUAGUAAUUACCGUAACGGUUGGACUCAACCGUCGGAUAAAUUGAUUUUAUAUAGAGAAAUAAAAUAUAUUCAUGCGGUGGUGGGGAUGUAAACACUGUGAGUCAUCGGGUACUUAUAUCGGCACGUUCAAUGCAAAUUAGCCGCUGUGGUGACGGACAUGAAUACCGAUGAACCGAACGUCAAGGUGGCACGUAAGACUGGGAAAAAACAUUUUCAGCAAGCGUCUGCCUCACAACCAUCGACAUCGCAUGCACUAAUGUCGCAACCGUCGGCAUCGCAAGCAUCAACGUCGCAACCGUCGACAUCGAAAGCAUCGGGGUCGGGAGCAUCAACGUCGAAGGCAUCAGCGUCCAAGACAUCGACAUCGAAAGCAUCGACUCCGAAAGCAUCCACUUCGAAAGCAUCGACGUCGAAGGCAUCGACCUCGAAGGCAUCGACGUCGAAGGCAUCGGAGUCGAAGGCAGCGACCUGGAAAACAUCGACAUCUAAAGCUUCCAAAUCGAAAAAAUCGACACCGAAAGCAACGCGCAAAGCGAGUUCAACCGCAACUAGCUCGAAGGUCCGCAAAGAGGCUGGUGAAGAAAACUUGGAAAGUGAACCGUCGGCUAGCACGUCAGUAGCCCCUAGCAGCAACAAGAGCAAAGAUAGCCAAUUCUGGCUUGAGACGGUAAAGAGUAAGUUUAACUCUAGCGCUUACAAAGAUUUUUUAAAAGAAUCAGGUUUUACCGAAGCACAGGCCGAAGUAAUACAGAAUAUGUUCCAUCAAACAGCUCGGCAAAUGUAUAACACAUUUAUGAACAGCGACCGUGUUAAGAAAACGCAUAAGUGUUUAGAGUGUGCCUUCACAGUAAGUCAUCAGUGUGCGUCUAUUCAUUUUUUACAUGCAGGCUGGCCAACCGAUGACCCGACGGAAAUAACUUACAUCGAUCUUAAGAGCACUUACAUCUGCGUCUGUCAGUUUGCGCUCUUCCAUGCCCAUUUCUCAAAGCCAUCGGGUUCCAAAAAGGAGGAUACCGUGAGCUCAGAACAUACUGUGCCUAUUCCAGACGUGGACCGUAUCGCGACCCUGCGCUGUGCCUACUGCGACAUGAUUAUAAUUAUCGAACAUCCGUUUCAUAAAAACACUGAAUGCACAUUGACAAAAUGGAACGCUAUAAACAGCAAUAAUGAAAAAAAAUUUCAUGCGCAGGUCGUCGACUACAUGAAAAUUUUCACGCUGGAGCCGCUUACUUUGGAUGAGAUGUACGCUUGCAGUAACCGCUGCUGCCUGUUUUUCCAUCGCUGUUCCCAAUGAAGCUUCCGAUCAAGCCCUCAAUCUUCCCACUGACGAUUGGCAUUAGGGUUUCUGAUUUCUCGACCUAUUUUUUUUCUCGAGUUUCAAGAAUUCUCGAGGCCAAAGUCUCGAGUUUUCUCGGGUCUCGAGUCUUUUAAUGAAAAGUGUUAAAAUCGGCCGAAAUUUAAUAAAAACAGGUUUUUUAAUCUAAUAUACCUACUUUUAUUACACAACAAUCAAUAUUAGAAUUUAGUACCACUUAUUUUGGUAAGGAAAAUAACAAAAAAUAAAAUCUUCUUUCAUAAUCAUAACAAAAGUCAUAAAGUCACGUGCACUUUAAGGAUAAAUAACAAUAAAAAUCUGGAGCUACAAUUGAAUCACUUGUUUUCCAAAGAACACAAGUCCAAAUAGCAAAAUUACGAUAAAUAUUUUUUUUUAUAAACCAAAAAAAACUUUUUAAUAAAUGUUUAAAUUUCUUAAAGAUAACGAUUUGAAUAAAGUUUACGAUGAGGCACGAGUACUUUUUUUUUUCGGGGAAAAAUGCAUUGAAUUGCAUACCUACCCUACGGGGACAGGGUAGGUUAUGUGGGGCUCACCAAGUCAGAAGGAUAAGGCACACCCACUAAAAGACCCCGGUGCUCCGUCAUUCGCCUUAAGUGGGAAGGAACUGUGGGAUUCCGGACAAAGCCUUCACUACCACAGUCCCUCCCGGCGAUUGCCCGCCUAAACGGCGGGCCCUAAAGGUCCCCCAGGACGGGGGGAGGCACGAGUACCUAACCUAACAGACAGUUAACAAAUUUUUCAGUCUUUAAAUCAGUCAGAGUUAAAACAUACAUAAUAAAUAUAGCAUACUCGUUGGUGAACAUUAUUACUUAGUUUCGAUUGAGAUCAUUACUUGCAAAUCAAAUCAGUUAAAGGAAGGAAGGAAAGACUAGGCCAGUCUAAAAGCAACGUUAACCUAUUAAAUAAUUAAAAACUAACUUUCGUCUAAGAAAAUAGGCUUUCAAGAACAUUAAAGCUUCAAAAUCGAAACUCGAGAAUUCUCGAGCUCCGGUAAUUUUUUUCUCAUCUCGAAUGAAGCCAAAUUUCUCGAGUUUUCUCGAGUUCAAAAAAGCUCGAGCAGAAACCCUAAUUGGCAUGCAUCACAGUAUCAGGCAAGUGGUAGUUGUUUAUAUGAACAACAUGUUAACUUUCCAUUUUAAUCUUAUAUACCACAUUGACGUGGUGACGCACUUGCUUUCAUUCUUCGAGGCGGAAUAUAUUUGUAUUGAUGUUGUAUUAUCCAUGUUUAUGAGCAUUAGGUCAACACUUCGAAUUGCUGCGGCCAUAAGAUUAUGUAAUUUUUGUACUACUACUACUAAACACUGAAUAGAUUAUCCCAAUCUCCAUACAUCGCCUUCUGCGGUGAUUAACGAUGUACAAAUUGAUUUUGACUAAUUGUUUGCAUAGACGAGAGGUGACAAUAUUGUAGAAAGUGUUUGUCGCAGUAUAUUGACGAAAUAAAUGCUAUUACUUGAU